AUGAUUUUGGUUGAUGAGAGAGAAGAGCAGGCUUUGCCGAUCGGGAUUUCUGGGUGGAUGUGGAUGGCUUGGUUUUGCUUGGUCGGUUCUAUGUUGCUUCUCGUUAAAUCUUGCUUUCCAUUUCCUAUUGCCAUGGCAUCAACAAAGGCUUUCAUCCCGAUUAAACUUCUUAAUGAGAACACGUAUUGUUCUAGUGAUAGUCUUCCAUCUCCAAAUGACCUACAAAUCUGCAACCAAAAGCAUUACAACAUCAAAACACGUAUUGCAGAUUCUGCUUCUUUGGACCACAAUGAUUGGGCGUCGCCGAUCUCUUCCAGGAGUUUCUUUUUGACAACGAUGGCAUCAGCUAUUUCUGCUCCUGUUUUAUCUGCUGUUGGUGAACGCUAUUACAAAGAUAUUGCAGAGGCAUUAAGAGUUUCUGAUUUUGAUUUCAAACCUUAUGUCCAUCCAAUAUAUAAUGCCAUCUUGUCACGAUUGACAAACCAAGAUCAAGACCAGGAGGUUAAGGAAUGUGCUAUCUCUUGUAUGGGGCUUGUUGUUUCAACAUUUGGUGAUCAUCUCACAACAGAAUUACUGGCAUGCCUUCCUGUUCUUGUAGAUCGAAUGGGAAAUGAGAUAACCCGACUUACAGCUGUUAAGGAUUUUGCAGUUAUAGCUGCAUCUCCACUACACCUAGACCUUUCAUGUGUCCUAGAACAUGUUAUUGUGGAGUUAACUGCAAGGAGGUCUUGUUGUCAAGGACAGGCCCUUUUAGCUUUGCAAAACGUUUUUGCUACUUUGGUGUACUCUGCAAACACAAGUUUUGAUGCUUUGUUGGAAUCUCUUCUUUCAACUGCCAAACCAUCACCUCAGUCUGGUGGUAUUGCAAAACAAGCUUUGUUUUCCAUUGCACAAUGUGUUGAUGUACUCUGUCUUGCUGCUGGUGAUCAUAAAUGUUCAUCUACAGUGAAGAUACCUACAAAGAUAUUGAAAGAUGAUAACACUACUAAUUCGGCCAAACAGUACCUUGCCUUGCUAUUUUAUGUUUGGGUGAAAUUGGGAGAAGAAAAGAUUUGA